UCGCACUUCAGCAUAAAAUGCAGUAUUUAAAUGCCACUUUAGGCUUCCAUUUGCAUUUCCUAAUCUAUCUUCAUUAGUUGUUGGAUAAUAUUUAAUGUCACAUUUUGUAAGAAGCGGUUGCAGAUUUUGCAUUUUUACAACGUUGACGCCGUUUACAAAUUGUUUUGCAUGAAGUAAAUCUCAGAGAGAGAUGCAUUUAAGAAUAUUAUGAGUUGGGGUGAAAUGAGAUGAAAUUGUUGCGCGAAAGUUGAAACCUGCACAUGUUUAUUUCUUCAAUCUGAUCUCUCCUCUACCUGGAUUUGGAUAACAAGUAGUAAAUUUGUGUUGUUUGUUUAAAUAAAAUGGGGAUGAAACAAAAGAAAGGGAAACAGAAGAAGGGAAAUUGGGACCAGGUUCCAAUCGGAGAAGAGUUUCUUGCCCAGAAGGAAAUGGAAUCAUUAAUUUCGUUGGAAGUGCUCACAGACUAUGAAAUUGUUAAGAAACCGGACGGGUUAACUGAGAUUGUUACUAAUAAGGAUAAGUUUAAUAAGCGGAAAUUCGUUGAAGACGAAGAUGACAGUGAACCUGAGCAGGAUAGUAACGACGACGAAGACAUGGAAAAGGAGGAGGAAACCCCGAGAAAAAAGUCAAAGAACGGAAAGAAACAAAAGGCAGACAAGAAGAAAGUGAAUGAACCAGUUAAAACGAGUAAUAAAAAGUUGAAGCGUUCUUCAGAAAGUGACGCGUCGACGAGUAGCUGGGAGGUGAGUGAAAAUCUGGGGGGCUGGGCGACGGAAACCUUGGGGGAGUCAACUAAAUGGAUUCACAACAGGGAUGAUGAUGAUGUAGGCGAGUCUCAUGUAAAACCGAAAAAACAACUUGAAAAGAAGAAACAGGAGAAUACAUCACUUUUAAAGCAGAAACAACUAAAAAAGUCUGUAAAGUCCAACAAAAAGGAUAGUAACGUACAGAAAAAGGAAGUGUCCGUUUCGUCCGAUGUGGAUGUUUCAAUGAACGAAUGGGUGAAAGCUGGAGUUCAAGAUCCUAUUCUACAAUCACUAAAAGAAGCUGGGUUUUAUAAGCCUACAUUAAUUCAGGCAUCAACCUUGCCAGCGUCAGUCCUAGGCAAGAAGGACAUCGUUGGGGCGGCUGAAACUGGAAGUGGGAAAACGCUUGCCUUUGCAAUUCCAAUAAUUCAUGGGAUUCUGCAAUUCAGAGAAAGUAAUAGUGACGACGAUUCUCUCCAAGCUUUGAUCCUCACACCAACGCGAGAACUGGCUGUGCAAAUCAAAAAGCAUUUCGAUGUGGCUGCGAAAUAUGCAAGAAUUAAGACCGUUGUGAUUGUGGGUGGUCUCGCAACUGUGAAGCAGGAACGAUUAUUGAGAGCCAAGCCACAAGUUGUAAUUGCAACUCCAGGCCGUUUGUGGGAGUUGGCGAAAGAAGGCGAGCCUCACUUGGCAAAUCUUAAUAAAAUAAGGUAUUUGGCUGUCGACGAAACAGAUAGAAUGGUUGAAAGGGGUCAUUUCCAAGAACUUCAAUCAAUUCUUGGCCUUCUAAAUUUGGAUGAGACAGAAAAACUGAAUCGUCAAAACUUUGUAUUUUCGGCAACACUUGCGUUUACCCAUGAUCCUCCGAAACGGCUCCAACACAAGAACCACAAGAACAAACAAGAACCUAAAAAAAUAACGGGAAAAGAAAAGCUUAAACAAAUUAUGGAAAUGAUUGGAAUUCGAGAAAACCCCAAAAUAGUGGAUAUCACGAGUACGAAAGGAACUUGCGAGACUCUACAAGAAAUGCAGAUCAAUUGUCCUGCAAAUAAGAAAGAUUAUUACAUGUACUACUUCCUGGUCAAACACCCAGGACGGACCAUUGUUUUCUGCAAUAGCAUCAACACUGUUAGACGAUUAACAAAUUUAUUUUUCCUCCUCAAAUGCGGUCAAGUGCUCCCACUCCAUUCAGAAAUGCACCAAAAAAUGCGGCUAAAAAAUUUAGAGAGAUUUGCAGAAGAUGAGAAGAGCGUUCUCAUUGCCACUGACGUAGCCGCAAGGGGACUUGACAUUUCUGAUAUUCAGCACGUUGUUCAUUACGAAAUACCGAAAACUGCAGAGAGCUACAUUCAUAGAAGUGGUCGCACUGCUCGUGCAUUUAAGGGUGGAAUUGCAAUCGUGUUAGUAGAACCAAGUGAAAUUGGGAAACUAAAAAAUAUAUUUCAGUCGUUGGAGAGGGAUCCAAACAAAAUGUUGCCCCUCUUCAACAUUGAUGCCACAGUAUUUCGGCAACUGAAGGCAAGAGUGGACGAAGCAGAUAAAGUGGAAACGUUCGAACAUCAAGUAAGAAAAAAGUUAGCAGAUAUGAAUUGGAUGGAUAAGGCCAAAAAAGACAUGGACAUGGCCAGUUCAGAUGAUGACAAUGACGACAUGGAUGACGAUUCUGGGAACGGAGAACGACGUCAAAGGAAAAAUCUCCUCGAGGCCAAAAAGAAAUUGGACGGAUACAAGCGGACUUUAAACAAACUGUUAGAUGAUAACUCAUUUAUGACAAGAUUAUGAUAAAAAUUCCAACCAAUUAACGUUAUCAUAGUACCGUUGAAUAAAUCCGCAUUGACCCUAAAAUUUGUUCACUUAA